UUGUCAAUAGUUCAAAUUAGUUCCCCCGAGGGCGUUCGCGGUCGCAGCACUUACCUACAUCAAAUUUCUUAAAUAAAUAUUUUCACAAACCAACAUUUGUGCACCAAACAAACCAAUAUUACAAAAACAAACUCUAAACAACGCCACACCAACUCGUCCCACCAGUUCGAAAACUAACCUGCACCAUGCACCGUCUUUGAUGUUUUGCCGUCACUCACCUGUCAAAAUUGAUGAGAAAUUUCCCAAAAAGUUGUAUUAAAAAUGUACCAAAACGCUUGCGGGGCUGCCGCCGCCAGUGCCGGGGGCUGCGUAGGGUCGGAGCGUGAUUGUCACAGCCUCAUAUCCAAGGAGCCCGCAGUGCCUGCUAUAGAGCACGACUACAGCGGAUUCGACAUUGUUAAAGCCACACAAUAUGGGGCCUUCGCGAGGGUUAAGGAGCUGGUCGAUGCAGGAUAUGAUGUCAACCAACGAGACACUGAGACGGUGACACUGCUGCACUGGGCCGCCAUAAACAACCGCAAGGACAUUAUCAAGUUCUUUAUUGAGCGAGGGGCCGAAGUAGACGCCGUAGGUGGUGAGCUGAACGCGACUCCGUUGCACUGGGCCACCCGACAGGGACACUUGGAUGCAGUCGUGAUUUUGAUGAAUGCAGGCACCGAUCCCACGCUUAGGGAUGCCGAGGGCUGUUCGUGCAUUCAUUUGGCGGCGCAGUUCGGGCACACGGCUCUUGUGGCGUAUUUUAUAGCAAGGGGGAUUAGCCCAGAUCUGGCAGAUAGAGCUGGGAUGACUCCUUUGAUGUGGUCCUGUUGGAAGAUUUGCAGCCUCGAUCCUACGAGGUUGCUAUUGACGUUGGGGGCGUCUCCGAAUCUCACUGAUCAGCAAGGGAAUACAGCGUUACAUUGGGCAAUAUUAGCUAGGAAUACUUCGGCAAUAUCAACGUUGAUACUUCAGGGGCAAGCUAGUUUAAAUGUACCUAAUCAUCGGGGGGAUACACCUUUAUCAAUGUUACAGACGCAGUUGGGAGCUAUUUGGAUAGGUUCUAAAGUGGCAGAACGCAUUAAAGAAGCUGUAAAUAGUGGACACUCUAGGAAUAUUUUAAGUAAAAUUACUAAAGAUAAAAGAUUACGGUGGUGGUGUAUGGUCGGUACACCCUUCAUGGCAUUUUACAUCGCCGGUUCGAUUCUAGGCACAAAUUUAAUAAUUUUAAUCAAGCUAUUUUUAUUAGUAUGCUUAUAUAUAGUUUUACAUUACGCCGGUCAAAUUUUAUACGACGAUAGGUUAAUGGCACUUCUACCUCUAAGUAUUUACUUAUCAACAAAACUGUGGAUGUAUUUUACGUGGUUCAUAUACAUAAUGCCGGUCACUGGCAUACUUACAACGGUCGUCUUCCUUAGUAGUUCAGGAAUACUGUGGUAUUGUUUCCUAAAGUCAUGGUUAGGAGACGCUGGAGUUAUAUCAGCCUCACAACAGUUAAGGUUUAGGACUAUAAUCGAAUUAGCUGAACAGGGUUCAGGUGGUUUUGAACCGUCAACUUUUUGUUCGUCCUGUCUUGUUAGAAGGCCACUGAGGUCGAAACAUUGCUCAGUGUGUAAUACUUGCGUUGCUAGGUUCGAUCAUCAUUGUCCUUGGGUAGCGAAUUGUAUAGGUGCUAAAAAUCACAAAUACUUCAUCGGCUUCCUGGGCAGUUUAGUCAUGAUGUGCUGUCAAAUGUUGUAUGGUUCCAUCAAAUUCUGGCAAAACCAAAGCACUUGCAACGUCACAACAUCAGAGGGCUACUGGAAAUUCGUUAUGUCGAUUGGACAAUGUGAUACAUGGGUAGCUUGGGUGGCUGCCAAUACUCUUUUCCAUUGUGUGUGGGUCUUCAUGCUUCUUAUAUGUCAAUUGUAUCAGAUCUCAUGUCUCGGAAUGACUACAAACGAACGAAUGAACCGAGGUCGCUACACAUACAUUCUCAGCAACGGCGGCAAAAGCCCCUUUUCCAAAGGCCCCAUCAAAAACCUGCUUGAAUUCUUCGACUGCACCUGUUUCGGUCUUUUCAAGCCGGAAAAUAAAGAUUGGCUGACGAGUUACGAUUUAGACAAAAAUAUCGAACAUCAGCCACUUCUGAAAAACAAAGAGAAUUUUCAGUAUGUGUAAAUACUGUAGACACAAUAAUCCAAAGAUCCGACUGAGGCUUUUUUCAUAGUGAAUCUGUAAAGUUAGCUCUCUAAGUUAAGAAAACCACCAACAUUCCUUAUUUUGCAGUUUGACUAAAGAUAGUGUAUAUAUUUUUGAGGUGUAAAUACGUAGUAGCGAACACUGCAGUAAAAUGAUCAAGUACAAUAAUUGUUGAACAAUUCCCUUCGGAUAUCACAUACGUGUUAACACUUAAAUUCUAGUCAAUAUGGGUAUGUACUUAGGACGAAUAAGUGCACCUGAAUUUUAAAUAAAUGUCAUUUUAUUCAUAACCACUCCAGUUCCGUAGAGUAGGUUUUCACACGUCUAUUCUAAAUCUGUGUAAAUUAGGUUUAACGGUUGUGGAUAAAAUAUUGAAUUGUUUGAAAAUAUGCGAGUCUUGUGAACGUAGCUAUCGUGAGGAGUCGUGGGAAAUGUCACUUUGUUAUCUAAAGCUUGAUAGCGAAGUCGAAUCUUUAGUUAUAAUUGUGAACCUUUUUAUGUGGCAUUUCUGCUGUAGCCUGCCGGUUACAUUCAAGCAAAACUGUUAAAAGCAAGCUGUAUCAAUAUGGGUAAAUCUUGAUCAUUUAUUUUUUAUAUCACGUUUUUUGUAUCCUUCCAACUUAAGCAAUGUCUGUCUGUGUUUUAGAGACUGUACAUAAUCUAAUUCAGAUGUUGCCGUUCAAAAUCAAAAAUUCUAACGAGUUUACUAGCUUUUGCUAUUGUAUAGUUUCUUUUCGCAUUCGAGUUGAAUAAUUUAAAUAGAAUAGUCCAAAAUACUUGCCUUUUAGCUGUAAACGAUGUAUUUUAUUUGAUUUUUUGUUAAAUCAAAAGAGUAUUUUCAUAUGAUGUGCUUGGUGCUUGCUUGCUCUGUGUGUAAGCUUCAAGUGAAAGUGAAUAUGUCACGUUUUACGAUAUAAACUAUUUACAUUUAAGCACUAUUUGCAUUGAAUUGUAUAUUGUACUGUUAUAUUUUAUAUGUAAUUAUUAUAUUGAUUUAAAUUAUUAA